AAUAUUUUGGUCUUUUAGGGUCCAGCUGGUGUUCAAGGCGCUCCAGGAAUAAAAGGAGAUAGAGGAAUGGACGGACAGAAAGGAGAACCCGGUGAAAAAGGUGAAAAGGGUGACUUCGGACCAAUGGGUUUGCCGGGUCCAAGGGGAGUUCCUGGAGAACCGGGUAGAAACGGAAUCGAUGGUAAAUCAGGACUUAUAGGCCCACCUGGACUGGAUGGCAUGAAGGGAGAGAGAGGUGACCAAGGAAGAAAAGGUGACAAAGGAGAACCAGGAUUACCAGGGACUGACGGAAUUCCUGGCUUGCCGGGACCAAAAGGGGAAAAAGGUGAAAUUGGACCAGCGGGUUUACGAGGGAAAAGAGGCAAACGAGGAGAAAAAGGAGAAAAAGGCGAUCAAGGAGUACCUGGACUCGAUGCCCCCUGCCCUCUAGGACCCGAUGGUUUACCAUUGCCUGGAUGUGGAUGGAGACCACCCCCCGGAGGCGGCCCUAUACCACCUGGAGCAUAUCCUCCUGGACCUUACCCAACAGGACCGGAUGUUUAGAAGUUUUCCUGAAAAACGAGCUCAUCACUGCCAUCGUGGAUAUCAAUUGAUAGAAGAAAAAGUUUGGAAAAAUAACCAGACAGUAAUCAUCGGCACAAAUGGUAUAUUCAAAGCAUUUUGCAGACCGGAAUAAAUGUAUUGUAUGUUUAUAUUUCGCAGAAUGUUUACUUAAAAAGGAAAUAUUAAAUAUUAUGUUAAAUAUCUUGAGGCAGAACUUUGAGUUCAGACAUUUUGACAUCCACAUUAAAUUGUGUAACUUAUUUAUUUAGUGACUCAAAACACAGCUUUUAAAACAUUGAAUGUGGAAGAAGUUAACAUUCAGUUUAACAGAGUAAUCUGCUUUUGCAAGCUGCCGUUCUACUGAAGAUUUUCAUAGCACGUGUGAAAAGUGUUAAUUUGAAAUCCCUAAACUUCAAUUCAAAUUGACUAUUCUUGCUUAUACUCUGACAUAACCAAGCUUUUAACACAAUCGCUAAUGCAGGAAGCAGAGAAGAAGAAUUACGAUCGUAGAUGCAGAAUGAAUAAAUAUAGAUAUGUAAUGUGGUGUAAGAUUUUCAAGCUGUUACCAUGUGUGCGCAAUCCAACUUUACGCAAAGGCAAGCAUAUUUUCCGGUCUUCUUUACGAGGCAUGCUGUUAGCGUUGAUGCAAAAUGUAAAGUGCAAGAGGCAGGGACAAAGAGUAUCACAUUAGAAGCAAGACAAGAUUAAAUAUACAUUGAAGAGGAACCUGUAAGAAGAUUUCUAUGUCUUUUCGUGUACAGGAUAAUAAAAAAACUCCAGCGAUAACAUUUAAAAUCCAGUCUUUAUGUUUGAAUUCAUCAAUCUUGGAAUGUAAGGUAUAAAAUCAUGUGUCAUAAUCAACUCUGCGCAAGAUUUUAAAGAAAAAACUCGGAACUAAAAUAUGUGGGUCACCAGCAUGAUUCCUAAUAAAGCAAUCAUAUCAACAAAAUCUUUCUUUUAAAAGAUGUGGUAACUAGAAGAACGGCUUGUAGUUACCACAUACAAAACUCAUUUUGUGAGAAGUUAAUCGAUGCUGCCGUGCGCAAUCAAUACGAAUGAAUUUUAUUCUGAGUAUUUUUCAGAAAUUUGUCACGAAGAAAAGUUCAAACUGUGUAUGCAUCUAUUAAAUUAUCCAUUUUUUGGUGUUUC